AUAUUACUGCGAGAAUUUCUACGCGAACCAGACUUGGACAACUACUGUGCCAUCAUUAUGGACGAGGCCCACGAGAGGUCGCUGUCUACGGACAUGCUCUUCGGCCUGUUGAGAGAGGUCGUAGCCCGGCGCAGCGACCUCAAGCUGAUCGUGACCUCCGCCACCAUGGACUCCUCCAAGUUCUCCACGUUCUUCGGUAACGUGCCUACCUUCACCAUCCCCGGGCGGACCUUCCCCGUCGAGACCUUCUUCGCAAAGAACGUUUGCGAGGACUAUGUUGAUGGUGCUGUUAAACAGGCCCUGCAAAUCCACCUUCAGCCAGAUGAAGGUGACAUCCUCAUUUUCAUGCCCGGCCAAGAGGACAUCGAAGUGACUUGCGAGGUCUUGACGGAGCGCUUAGCCGACUUGGACAGCGCCCCUCCUCUGACAGUGUUGCCAAUUUACUCCCAAUUACCAGCGGACCUGCAGGCCAAGAUCUUCCAGCGCGCGCCUCAAGGGUUAAGGAAAUGUAUCGUCGCUACCAACAUUGCCGAAACCUCGCUGACCGUGGACGGAAUAAUGUACGUGAUCGACUGCGGCUACUGUAAACUGAAAGUGUACAACCCUAGGAUCGGUAUGGACGCACUACAGAUCUACCCCGUGAGUCAAGCGAACGCCCGGCAGCGCGCCGGUCGCGCCGGCCGCACGGGCCCCGGCAAGGCGUUCUGCCUCUACACGCAGCGCCAGUACACGCACGAGCUACUCGCCGCCACCGUGCCCGAGAUACAGCGGACUAACUUGGCUAAUACUGUGCUACUGCUCAAGUCUUUAGGAGUUGAGGAUCUGCUGGCGUUCCACUUCAUGGACCCGCCGCCACAGGACACAAUCCUAAACUCGAUGUACCAGCUGUGGAUCCUGGGCGCGCUGGACGGCACGGGCGCGCUGACGCCGCUCGGCCGGCAGAUGGCGGAGUUCCCGCUGGACCCGCCGCAGUGCAAAAUGCUCAUCGUCUCCGCUGAGAUGGGGUGUAGCGCGGAGGUGCUCAUCGUAGUGUCAAUGUUAUCGGUGCCGUCCGUGUUCUACCGGCCACAGGGGCGGGAGGAGGAGGCCGACGCGGUCAAAGAGAAGUUCCAGGUGCCCGAGUCCGACCAUCUCACCCUGCUGCAUCUGUACAACCAGUGGAAAUCUAACAAUUACUCUAGCUCGUGGUGCACGGAACACUUCGUGCACGGCAAGGCGAUGCGUAAAGUGCGCGAAGUUCGACAACAGCUCAAGGACAUCAUGCAAGCGCAGAGGCUCCCUCUAGAGUCGUGCGGCACAGACUGGGACACUGUGCGGAAAUGUAUCUGUUCUGCGUACUUCCAACAGGCGGCCCGGCUGAAGGGUAUAGGCGAGUACGUGAACAGCCGCACCGGCAUGCCGUGCCACCUGCACCCCACCUCGGCCCUCUUCGGCCUCGGCGACUCGCCCGACUACGUGGUGUACCACGAGCUCAUGAUGACCAGCAAGGAGUACAUGCACUGCGUGACGGCGGUGGACGGGCGCUGGCUCGCCGAGCUUGGGCCGAUGUUCUUCUCAGUCAAGGAGACCGGCAAGUCAAACCGCGACAAACGCAAAGAAGCCGCAGUGCACCUCCAACGCAUGGAGGAAGAGAUGAAAGCCGCCGAACUCAAGAUGGCCGAAGACAGGAAGCUGAAGGACCAAGACGUCCCCAUCAAGCAGGAAAUCGCCACACCUGGGUUAAGCACACCAAAGCGCACGCCUGCGAGGUUCGGUAUCUAGAAUAA